CUAGUCCCAGAACAAAGAUUGAAGAGUAUAAAUAUGGCAGAACCUGAUCGAAAAUAAAAUUAGAAAUGCGUUUGACUUUGGCUCUUUUGGUGGUGAUCGCUCUGAUCACCGUGGCCACCGAUGCCCAAAGGAAUCAGAAAAGGACUAAAGCCAAGGCUAGGACAUCGGUUACAUCAGGCACAAAGGCCAGGGUUAAGACUCGUUCGGGAAAUGUGAAGAAACGAUCUCUUGCUACUCGCAAUCGCAAAUCGGUUAUUAUCAUCGGCAACGGAAGUAGUUCCUCAAGUAGCAGUUCUUCCACUCCUGCCGCCCGAUGCUCUACCACCACUACCAGCUGCUAUGCUAACUCCAAUGUCUGCGCCCGCUGGAGCUCCACUCGCAGGUGCCAUCGGUUUAAGAACAAGUGCCUCAUGGAGCGGGCCAAUUGCCGGACAACAGUGUCGAGCUGGAAUGUGGUCAAUAUUGGCAACUGUACUAGCAUAACGGUCAAUAAUACUGGCACCUGUACCAGCACCUUUUCAUCAUCAUCUUCAACGACUUCGACUACCAGCUCUACAUUGGCCAGCAUACUCUCCUCCAUUCUGGGUUCGUCAUCGUCAUCUUCAUCUAGUGUCACGCCCAUAAUUAUAAGAAGAGGUUAA